AUGCAGGCUGUGGGCGGGGUCCAGGUGCCCGCAGUGGUCAUUGCCAGGAACAUUGCUGCCAUGACCAUCAAUAGUGGCAAUCGCCAAGUAGCAGGUUUUGCACUUUCCAGCAUAGGAUGGAUCCUCUGCAUGUCUUCCAUGGGCUUUGUGGAGUGGCAAAUGUGGCACACAGAUGACUGCUCCCAUGCCACCUCUUGCCUUGCCAGUGUGGGAAUCUGGAGAGUCUGUGUUUACCACUAUAACUUCAGCAAAGCCAAAGUUUGCCACCAAUACACCUACCGUGACACCUUCCUUCCUCCUGCUAUCCGUGCCGCUCAACACCUCCUGAUGGCUGCUGCCAUUCUAGGGCUCUUGGGGAGAGCUUUCAACAUCUUUGCACUUAGGAAUGUGUACAUGGGGAUUCUUCAGAAUAAUGCCACCUGCAGGCUAUUCAUUGCUUCAGGAAUUCUGAACAUAACUGCUGGUGUCUGUAUCUUAAUUGCUGUGCUCUGGAAUUACUACUCCAUCCUGAACCCCAAGGGUAUUGCCUUCCCACCAGCUUACCAUUGGCCCUUCAAGCCAGAUACUCAGGAAAUUGGGAGUGCCAUUAUAGUGGCAACGAUAGCUGCCUUCCUGAUGUUUUUAAGUGGAUUGCUUUUCCUCUCUUACAAAUUUCCCCUGGACAACCCAGUACAUCCCAAGGUUCGAGAAAUAUGCAUUUCCAGGUUGCAUUGGCUUUGCAAAUCACAGAUUCCCAGGAGUUUAUGA